CCUAUUCCGUACAAAAAUGGUACAAAACUGCAUCCCCGCUCCCAUUGAAUUGACCGCCUUUCUUGUAGAGGGGAGGCUGGCCCCUCAAAGUCCACUUCGGUUAUCAUUGAGAACAAGUUCAGGGCCGGAAGAGACGGGCAGGAUGGCGGAUGACGGCGGAGCGCUCAAUGGAGGGAACGAAGGACCCCGUGAUGGGAGACAAGGCAAGACAAGGGCGCCAGCCACGACGGCCACUGCCCAUCAUUGGGUGAAUGACACCAACAGCGACAACGACAAUGACAACGGCAACGACAAUGGUAAUGAUAAUGGCUUGGAACCAGGCGCCGAGACGGACGGCAUCCCGGCGACUUUCCCCAAGAAGCGGCGAGGACGCCCACCGGGGCGGCCCAACAUGACGGUGCGCGAGGCCGACUACGACUCAAACCCCCUGGUGCAGGCUUGGAACGCGGCCAAGUCGGAGCGGACCAUGGCCGUCGUGCCCGUCAUGGUGCGCGACGCCCUGACCGAGAGCUCUCUAGUCCACGACACGCAGCGCGCUGUCUUCUGCCUGCCCAGUCGCGAGUCCAUCUACUUUGUCCAAAACUGGAUAACUGCCCGUCACAUCGCGUCGCAGCGCCCCAGCUACGUCAACGGCCUGCUGAUCCACUCCCGCGGUAGCGACGCACCCGUCUCUUGCUCCCAGUGCGCCGAGCGCCGUAACAAGCACGCCCUAGGCCCAUUCCUAACCUGCCGGACCCUGCCCGGAUAUUACCACAGCAGUUGCUCCAACUGCAAGUGGUUUGACAACACCUCCGUCUGCUCUCUUUAUACUGGACCAAAGCCAAACAGGAAGCGAAAGGCCAAGGAGUCUGCUGCUGCGUCUGGCAACGAUGCCGCGGCAGACGCUGCCAUUUCCAUUGAUGCGCAGGACCGAGACGACCAGCCACCGUCUCCUCGACAGCAGGAGCAUGGGACACAUGACCCGAACAUGAACCACGAUAUCCAAAACAGCCAAGAUGGCCACGACGACGUUGGCGUCCAAAUUGAACACUCAGACGCGCACUUUGUCUUGCAUCAUGAGGAAUUCUAAGCAUCCUCUGCAAGCUUGAUCAUGGGGCAACAAGUUAUAACCCGCUCAAUUAGUUGUAUCAGAUGUUGAAAAGAGGGACCAAGUUGCAGCACAUUUGUCAAUACACGGCAAACUUGCUUUGCAAGGAGUAUUUUUUUUAUCACUGCGUGGAGCGAUGCAGUUGAUGUUUAAGCCUCGAGUUGUCGGGCGUUAUAAAGUUUGUGACAGUUCUAGCAAAGAAACUAUCAUACAUACCACUGGUUUAUAUCGAAAUCCAGGCUAGUCAUGGUGGCGAUUCGUUAAUAUUAGAGAGGCGAAUCCUGAUUGCGAGGCGUUGCGAAGCCUGUUGCGUGGGAAUGCUGACACCGUGCCAUCAGUUGCAGUGUUUUAGUCGAGGAGCAGCGUCUCGGGUCCAAAUCGUGUCCACCAGACCUUUGUAGUGUAGG